AGGGGAGUGAGGAAGGAGCUCAUAGUGUGUCCUGGGCUGGGUUUUGUCUGAAUGUUGGGCAGCAGAGUCCUCUGAGGGAGCAGGACGUGCUGUGCCUGGGCCUGGGGGUGUCCUUGGUUUGAGCUCCAGGGACUGGACUCUGUCCUGGGUUAGAUCUGACCUGGAAAACUUUGACCCAGGGAGUGUGAUGAGCUCAGAGCCCGCAAGGGAGGGGCAGGAAGGAGCUCAGAGUGUGUCCUGGGCUGGGUUUUGCCUGUCCCAGAGCCCCUGAGGGAGCAGGACUCGCCCUGGAGCCCGGGUGGGUGGUGAGUGGGGGGUCUCCCCUCAUUCCCCCCUCCCUCAAAGUGAUCUCUCCCCCCAGGGAUGCUGCGGAAGCUGGAGCUGCGGCAGGAGCAGGACCUGCAGGCCGUGGUGGAGGUGGCCAACCACGUCUUCAGCGACGGGGUCACCAACUGGGGCCGGGUGGUGACACUCGUGGCCUUCGGCGCCUUCGUGGCGCGGCAGCUGCGGGGCCCCCAGCGGGACCGGGGCGUCAGCAGCCUGGCCCAGAUCCUCACCGACGCCCUCGUGUCCUCCCGCAGGGAAUGGCUGCUCAGCCAGGGAGGAUGGGUGAGGGGUUUGUGGGGUUCCAGGAGCUCCUCCCAGGGG